UUGCAAAACCGAGAGAUUGGAAGUGCAAAUCUGAACGCAAAUACAGCGCAACUGACCAAUCGCAUUGAGUUUAGAAAUUUUUGAGGGUUACGACUUCUUGUGUGUACGUAUACAUAGGCUUAUCUCACCGGGUAUUCCCGCAAACACUUGGUUUUAGUAUUGCGCACGAGAACUUAUCGAGAACAUGAUGCUCGAGAGAUACGAGUUACUUCGUCGAGACUUCCUCAGCAUAGGUGAACCUUAUGUCAACAGUGAUGGUUUGGAGAAACUGAAAUGCUGUUAUGUAAAUGAAAUUGAUUCCAAACGCAAAUUGAGUGAAGUAAAGGACCUCAAGACGCUUAUAAGAUUGCUAGAAAAACGAGACAUUAUUAGUUAUGAUAACAUAAAAGAAUUGCAAAAUAUAUCAAAGACAUUUGUUGGAGAAUCAAACUUGAAAAACAAAUUGCUCGAGUAUGAGAAUUGGCUGGAGAAGAAUACACCUUUGUGCAAUAUGUAUGAAAACGAUGAAGUUCCAAUAUUACGAAAGCAACAAAGUAGUACAGGAAGAGAUGUGGCAUCAACAUAUAAUUCUCUGAAUAAUUUGCAUCAAUUGCCAACACAAAACUCUUUUAAUCAGAGAAAAACAAUGUUACAACAAAUAGUGUUGCUACAAAUCAAAGACAGACUGGGUCGAUCUUGGAGAGAUGUUGCUAGAUAUUUAGGAAUUAAAGAAUGUGAAAUUGAUGCUGUGCAAAGUAAACAUCCUUAUGAUUUGAGGGAACAAAGUUAUGAGAUAUUAAACAUGUAUAUGUCACAAUCUGACACAGAGCAUUGGGAACUAAAUUUAACACGGGCUUUAGAAAAAGGAAGACGUAGGGAUCUAAAAGAACUUGUAGAAGAAUUAAUAUCAAAAAAUAAGAGUACGUGAUAUUAUAUAUAUAUAUAAUUUAUACAUAUUUUUGCAAUAAACCUCACUUUAUUUUUUCUAAAUAUGCUUUAUACUUUAUGCUAUUGAUCAGUAAUAUAAUUGUAUGUAAGAAUUUAAUAAUGUAACAAACACAUAAACAUGGACAAUUUACCUAAAAAUUAUAGGUGAUAUAUAAAUAAAGACUAAUAUAUAAGUCUCUAAUUAUUUGCUGAAUAGUUUUGUUAAUAUAAUUAGCAUAUUACUGCAAAAAAUAGAAUUGGGUGCUGUAUUUUAAUAUAAAUACUAUAUAUAUGUAUAUAUAUGAUAAAUUUAUAUAAUUUACACAUAUAUAAAUUACACACCUUAAAUAUGUUAAGUAACUAUAUCUUACAAAUUUCAAUACGAAUUAAAAGCAAUCAUUGCUUAAUUUUAUUAUCUGACUGAGACUUUAUUCAUCUUGAUAAAUUAUCAAAUUAAGUGCUUACUACAAGAAAAAACAAAAGCAAGUAUUGAAGAUUAAUAUUUAAUAGAGAUAAAUUCAAAUAGACCUAAUACCCUUUGGAUAAGGGUUAAUAGGUAUUUUAUAAGAACUUAUACUUUUUAUAAGAACUUAAAAAACUAUAAGAAUUUAUUUGUUGAAAAAUGUAAAGUUCUUAUACAAAUUACAACCAAAUAUACAAGUCCAUUAUGUAAACACUUCGUGUCAGCCACAAAAAAAUACAGCAGCCCAUGUGCAUCUCUGAUCACUAGUGUAUAUAUAUAAUAGAUCUUACACUAAAAUUUUAUCAAAGUUUUAUGCUAAUAUCAAUCUAUUUCAACAUAUAUUUAUUGAGUUUUACUUGAUUUUUGUCGUUACUACAGAAAUAUGACGACGCAACAUGCUUUCAAAACAACAAGAUUUAAUUUUUUUCAAUAUAAAUUCAGCAAAAAAUUAAUGCCAAUUAUAUUAAUACUUUAAUUAUGUUAAUAUC